UGCAAAGAAAACAUUGGCUGCAGGGGUGUGUAAAACUUUGUUGGUAUUUGAAACGCGGACACUAUUUUGUCUGAUGUCUAACUAGCGGCCGAAGACUAGAUUUUUAUGAUGUAAAUAUUUUAUGUCAAUAAUGAAGCUUCAGAAUGUCCGCAACCAUAACAUAUGUUUAUAGAAUAUUAAACUCAUUGGUUGUUUGAAAGUAUGUCAGACUCCGAAGAUGAAGCAGUUGAAAGGCAGUUGAAGAUAGUAAUUGUUGGUGAAGCAGGCAGUGGAAAGACCUGCUUGGCGUCACGUUACUGCCAUGAUGAAUUUACACGGCAGUACUUUCCUACCGCAGGAGUUGACUUUUUUUUAAAGAGAACAGUUCUUUCAGGAGCUGGCAAUAUUACACUUCAGAUAUGGGAUGUAGGAGGACAGUCUCUUGCAGGGAAUAUGUUAGAUAAAUAUAUAUUUGGAGCUGAUGUGAGUAAAAGGCAGUCAGUUACUACAAUUAAUGUUAUUUUAUUAGUCUUUGAUAUUACAAAUAUUGUAAGUUUUGACUCAUUGGAAGAAUGGCUUGAUACAAUACGCAAGGUAACAGUGUCACAGGAGCCUCAACCAAUGAUAGCAGUUGUUGCUAAUAAAUGUGACUUAGAGCACAAGAGAAAGGUUCGUCCUGACAGACAGCACAAAUUCUCUCAAGAGAAUGGAUUGAGUUCUCAUCUUGUAUCAGCCCGCACUGGAGAGAUGGUAGCACUCAGUUUUCAUAAGAUUGUAGCAGAUGUGCUUGGACUGAAACUGAGCCGUGCUGAACAAGAAGAGCAGCAACCUCUCAUGCAGGCUGAGAUUCUGCAUUCUCCAGCAACCACUGCAGUAACAGAUGCACACUCCCUUGCUUCUAGUCAUGUGCCACCUGGAGCCUCAAAAUCAGCCGUAUGUGAAAUCCAAUAGAUUGUUUUGCUUGAGACUAGUUAUUAUGAACCUGUCUUGUGUUUAAUUGCACCAUUUAGCAAAUACUUGGAUGAUCUAUUAGAAGACACUUGACAUACAUGUCCAAAUAAACAUACCACUUGAACUUUGAAAAACAUGAAUGGGUUUUAAUAUGCUUUACUGCUCUCCAUACUUUCUUGUGGUUCUCCGCAUGUCUGUGGCAGUGACUGAUUUAUUGUUCCAUGGUAGGUUGAACAUGUUUAUUGUCUGAGGUAUAUUUCAUAUGUACAACAUUUUAGUAUUUGACUCUACUCUUGUUUGGAAGUGAUUUUUAUUUCAUUGACAGAUACUUUUAUCUUUUAUAUUAGUGGUAGGAGGUGGGUUUGGGAACAGAUGGGAGGCUUAUUUGUGUAAUUAACAUACAAGUAUAGUACUCAAAGGGUUAUAGGUUUGAUUUCAACUAUUACCAUUAAUGUAACAAGACUGCAAGGGUGAAAUCGAUACUAGAAUACACACAGUUUAAUGUAACAUAUCUGUUAUAAUGUACCCUAGUCUACCCUAGCCCAACCUUUACAUGCCUAAUCUAACCUAGCCCAGCCUAAUGUAUUCUAGCUUAAUUUAACCUACCCUAACAUUGCCUAGCCUAUCUGAAGCUAACAUAACUACAUUAGCUUAGCCCAGCCUGACCUACCCUGACCUUGUCUGACAUGUUGUUGAUACUGAUUGAAUUGAAAAGUAUGAUUUUACACUACACCACAGUCACAUAACAUCUAUCUGCGGUGCAUUCUAAUUAAGCCUUUUAAAUAAUUUUUGACUUUUAAUAACUACCAAUAUUGGGUAAGCACGGCUGGGGCGUGAUUCUGACCGCUCGCCACCAUCUAGUGCCGAUGUCAAGAAUGAGUAGGAUCUAUAUCUCCUCUCCCCACAAGCGCCUACAUGGCACAUAGUGGGACAGUUGUACUCUACUCUUUUAAAAAAAACAAUAUUGGGUACUUUGCUUAGGUACUUUGGGAUUUUAUGUUGGAUGCUUUAAUUUUGACUGUGAUGGACUAGGGCAGUAGGCACGGAUUUGUGCUGUGUAUAAUUGUACUACUGAUACUUUAGGCGUGUGAUAGCUCAGUUAUGUGACUGAUUAAGGGCUCAAGAACUGGGAUUUAAUCCUGGGGAGGACAAAGAUUUUUGUUUUUCUUAUCCGUAUCACAGCCAGACUGACUAUAGAUGCCAAUCAUGGGUUCUGGGGGAUCGUUCCCUAGAGUAAAGCAGCCCAGUGAUGAAGCUAACCACUUGCCUCCAUCCAGUGCCAGUGUCAGGAUUGUGUGCCGAUUUACUUCCACUCUCCUUAGGCUUAGGGACAACUACAUCACUAACACUGUAUUUUGAUAACUUAGUUUGGAAAUCAAGAUGGUUUGCAGGGAGAAUUAAAAAACAAUUAUAUUGACAUUAAUAGUUUAAUAAAUGUUGGUUUAUAUCACAAAGUAAAUUAGAAUACUCAUAAAAUAGUUGAAUUAUCUACUGGAAAAUCAAAAUUUGUAUAAGGCAUACUUACUGGUCUUGCUACAUACAUUUGUAAAUCCAUUAAAACUAACUUUACGUAAUAAAGUAUGUUAUAUAUUG